AUGCAUAUUGAUAUUUCUCGCCGACCCAAUCACAAAGGUCCUGCCUUUUUCUACGCAUUUAGCUAUGCGGACCGCUCAGACUGGACGCUCUAUGCCAUUGGCGUAGUUGGUGCGUUAAUAUCUGGGGCUGGGCUCCCGAUUAUGGACCUUGCGUAUGGAUAUUGGACGACUGCCCUAACUGCGUCUGACACGACGCCCCCAUCGCUUCGUAAGACAACUAAUACUAUGGCGGCCAUCUGCCUAAGUAUCGGAGUUUUACAAUUCAUUACGGGAACAAUCUUCCUAAGUUGCUUUACGAUUGCUUCGGGUCGCACGACAGACAAACUCCGUAGAGCAUACCUUGACUCAGUUAUACAUCAAGAUGCCGAGUUCUUUGAGAAAGUUGGUCCCGGCGAGGUGGGGACCCGAAUGGUCAAGGAUGUCGGAACGGUCAAAGCUGCGACCGGGGAGAAACUGGGAUUCAUGGUCUGGGCCGUUGGCUACUUGGCUGCAAAGGCCGACUCUCGAUUGCUGGACCUCGAAGGCCAAUCUGGAACAUUGCUCGAGCAAAUUCUUGGCAGCGUCCGAGUAGUGCAGUCCUUCGCGGCGGAAUCGUUUCUGGUCAAAAAAUACGAUGAAUACCUGACUGCGCUCCAACGACUCGGGAAAUGGCGUUCGAUUGUUCGCGGAUUGGAAUUAAGUAUUUCGUACUGUGUCCUUAAUUUAACAUAUAGCGUCGCUUUUUGGUACGGCAGCAAGCUCAUCGUCCGAGAGAAUCUUGAGGUUGGAUUAAUGUUCACUGUGUUCUGGAAUAUGUUCAACGCCAUCUUUGCCAUUUCCAACAUCCUGCCGCAUAUAUCCGCCAUUCGAGACUCUGUCCACAUCUCCGCUCGCCUUCGUGCCGAAAUCGAGCGUGUGCCUGUCAUUGACGUUCGGAAUCCUGGUGGUGUCAAAUUGUGGGACAACCAAUCUGCGGAGAAAACGGCUGUCCAGAUCGAAGUCCAGAACCUCACGUUCUCGUAUCCUUCUCGCCCUGACCAUAAAACAUUGGAUAAUGUGAGCUUCGUCUUGGAGGCCGGAAAGGUUACCGCGCUUGUUGGAGCAUCCGGUUCUGGAAAGUCAACAAUUGCGUCGCUCCUACUCCGUUAUUACGACCCGUCAUCUUUCGACAACGAAAAAUCGACUGGGCGCAUCCUUUUGGCCGGACACGAUAUCCGCGACCUCAACCUUUCUUGGCUACGUUCUCAAAUUGGUGUUAUUGCUCAGGACCCUCAACUCUUCACCGCCACAAUUUUUGACAAUGUCGCGUACGGUUUGAGUGGCACUCCAUGGGAAUUGCCUACAUCCGAGAUGGAGCCCAAAUACGCUGAACGAAUGGCGGAUGCACAAGCAUGGGAUUUCGUACGUAAGCUGCCGUCUGGGAUGGACACUCGUAUCAAAGGAGGGAGGACGGGGGUGUUAUCCGGGGGCCAGAGGCAACGGAUCGCUGCGGCGCGUGCGUUGAUUCGGAAGCCAAGAAUUCUUCUUCUCGACGAAGGAACUUCGGCUCUUGACUCAGAGACGGAACAACGUCUGAUGGCGGCGAUUCACGAGGAACAGGCACAGAGUGGGAUGACGACAAUUUUGAUAGCUCACCGCCUUUCAUCCAUUCAAAAUGCUGAUAGAAUCAUUGCGAUGUCUAAUGGGCGCGUAGCUGAGCAGGGUACAUAUAACGAACUAAUAGAGAUUGGAGGUGUUUUCAGCACCCUCGUCAAGCAUCAAUCGUCCGCUGGCCAAAUAACUUCUAGUUCAGAAACCUCAAUAGUACCCGUUCCUGUUCGCCCACAGGAGCCAGUCAAAAACACUUCCGCCAAAUUUAAUACCCCCCAGAUCCCAUUGUAUCGCCAUGUAUCAAUCGUGUCGGGAACCCAGACGAUCGUAGAUGAUUCAUUAGAACAGGGUCUCCUGGCCAAAGAAAGCAAGGCACCAACUCUAACUUCCCGUUUUAUUCGCCUCUUGGCUCAAUAUGGUUUAUGGAUUGCGAUGGGAAUUUUCGGCUCGAUAUGCAUCGGUGCCUCGUUCCCUAUAGCCGCCUGGCUUGUUGGAUUCGUACUCGAAAGCCUGAGUAUCCACGAUGACGACAACCGGCUAUUGCGAGAAGCUAGGGCUUGGUCAAUGUGGUUCCUUGUACUAUCUAUGGUCAACAUCCUUUCUAGUUUCGUCGCUGGCUUCUUUUUAUCCAUGGGUGGGGAUCGGAUCGACAGAAGGCUUCGCUUGACAGCUCUAAAGUCUCUUCUCAGACAGGCAAGAUUUUUCGAUCAGGAAGAGAAUGCAUCGGGGAGUCUAACUGCUGGGAUCGCAUCUAAGGCAGGUCAUGUGUCAGCAGCAAUCGGUCUUGUGUGGCAGCAGCUCAUAACAUCCAGCGGAAACUUCAUUGGCGCAUUCGUUCUUGGGAUCGUCCAAAAGUAUGAACAUAGCAUUCAGAAGCCCCUCGAUGAUGCGUCUGCGUUCGCAAGUGAAAAUGUGGAUGCGAUCAAAACGGUGGCUGCCUUGGGUCGGGAGAACGUGAUAAUGGAAAUUUUCGACAAGUCCUCGAAUCAAAAGUCUGUGAAGACGAAAUAUCUCUGGGGCGGUGCGUUGGGUUUUGGAUUUGGGAUGGGAAGUACCCUUAUACUAUGCUCCGUUGUGAUGUGGUGGGGUGUAGAACUGUACCUCACACAGCGCAUUGGCUUAUCAAACCUAUACGCAACGUUCGAAGCGGUUUUCAUCGGAUCUGUUGCGGCGAGCCGGUUGUUUACAUAUGUGCCUGAUAUGGCAAGGAUGAUUCAAGGCUUCCGGGCUAUUUGUAACUGGGAGGACAGGCAACCAGAAGUAGCAUCAUUGGGUCUAACCAACGCGCCUCUUCGCAACGUUAAAGGAACUAUUACAUUCAAUGAUUGCACCCUGCAGUAUUCAUCUAGACCAAAGCCUGCAAUCGACAAUCUGACCCUAACCAUUCCCGCUGGCAAAUCUGUAGCUUUUUGCGGUUCAUCGGGUAGUGGGAAGAGUAGCAUCAUUUCAAUGAUAUCCAGAUUCUAUGAUCCGAGCCUAGGGACGAUCUGUCUCGAUGGUCGCGAUAUCCGUACUAUCCCUCUGGAGGAAUAUCGUAGCCACAUCGCAUUGGUGGCACAAGAUGCAGUGUUAUACGAAGGGACAUUCCGAGAAAACAUUACCUUGGGCCAAUCCCCGGUCUCCCAAGAGGCAAUAGAGCGCGCAUGUCAUGAUGCAAAUAUACUCGGAUUCAUACAAUCACUGCCUCAAGGAUUCGAUACACCAGUUGGAUCCAAGGGCUCUCAGAUGAGCGGGGGCCAACGACAACGUGUUUGUAUCGCUCGUGCAUUGCUCCGAAAUCCAAGCAUUCUCUUGCUCGACGAAGCGACCUCAGCACUGGACGCUGAGUCUGAGCGAUCUGUCCAAGCGGCAUUAGAACAAGCAUCAAGGGGACGAACAACUAUCUCAAUCGCGCACCGACUAUCCACCAUUCAGAAUGCAGACAUAAUACACGUUGUGGAGGAUGGUCGUAUCGUCGAAAGUGGGAACCAUGCCGAUCUGCUAGCUCUCAAGGGUCGUUAUGUUGACGUCAAACCAGACAUCUUCAAUCAUGACAUGCUAGCCAUUCAUUCUAUAUUUCAACUACCUAGAUCAACCUCUUCUCUUACCACGCCUUCUUCAUCACCUACAUCAUACAUAUCACCCACGUUGGACCCUGUCAUGUUCUCGCAAUUACAGGUUGAUCGUGCUAUUCAGAAACUUCGUGAAGAGAGGAUACGGGACGAAGAUCUACGGCAAAAGCAUGCUGAACAAGAAGAGCAAGAGAAAAAUCGGGAAUACCUAGAAGCUGUACGUAGGCGCACCCAAAAUGAUUGGAGGCGAUGGGCGCCGCCGUGUUGGCAGACUGCCUCCAGAUGCUUCUGCGGAGAUGGUUUACUUGCUCGUAGAAACACUUCUCAUACCGCCAUCAUUUACCCUGAAGAUGAUCCUGAGCUUCCACCAGAAGGAUACGAACACCACUGGGAGUUUAGGCUCGCGACUACCCAUGCACGUUUUGUUCUACCAAAUGACGCCCACUUGAAACUUUAUGAGCUUGAUAUCAUGAAGAAAGGUGUGCUGUUCAUUGUGGAGGAAGUUGUGGACCAUAAUCGGCAACCGGAGGGAAUGUUAAGGGAGGCCUAA